AUGUCUAGAGACAUAGAUUCGACCGGAUGUGGGAUGAAGGUAGAGGUAUCCUUUGUAAAGGGAAGUGUAGCCCAAGAAGAUGCAUUCAUGGGAUCUGAAUUGAAGCUGAUUGUCAUUAAAAGGGCGAAGAAAGGGAAAACAGGCACAUCCAAAGACUUUGAGGAGAUGAUAGUCCGAGAGUUUACCAUAAAGAACUUCAUAGGGGGGCCUAUUUUCGAGAAUGGAGAAUUUAAAAUGGAAUCUGGGAAAGAGAUUGCGGUGAAGAUUGCUGAAGUAGUUAGCUUGAAAGAAGGAGAGGCCUUGAAUGAAAAUAGUACCCAAAAUGAAGAGCCAAAAAUUGUUUCUAAGUAUAAGGAGAGACCCACUGUUUCCAAGAAUGCUGGAGGAUGGAAACUUGCAAGCCUAUUAUUAGUGAACCAAGCUUUAGCAACCCUAGCUUUCUUUGGGGUUGCAGUGAACUUGGUAUUGUUUUUGACAAGAGUUCUUGAGCAAGAGAAUGCCACUGCUGCCAAUGGCGUCAGCAAGUGGACUGGCACUGUCUAUCUUUGCUCCCUCGUCGGCGCCUUCCUUAGCGACUCUUACUGGGGUCGCUAUGCCACUUGUGCCAUCUUUCAACUCAUCUUUGUACUUGGUUUGGGAUUAUUAUCCUUGACAUCAGGGAUGUUCCUCCUAAAGCCCACAGGGUGCGGUAAUGGAACAAUGAAGUGCAUGCCCACAUCGACAAUCGGUGUAACAAUCUUCUACUUCUCAAUCUACCUAAUCGCCUUUGGCUACGGUGGCCAUCAGCCCACAGUUGCCACAUUUGGAGCCGACCAAUUUGAUGAAUCCAUCCCAAAUCAGGCAAAUGCCAAGGUUGCCUUCUUCUCUUACUUCUACUUUGCCCUCAACUUCGGCUCCCUCUUCUCGAACACAAUUCUUGUCUACUUUGAGGAUUCCGGCCACUGGACUCUAGGGUUUUUAGUGUCCUUAGGCUCCGCUGUACUGGCCCUUAUUUUGUACUUACUUGGCACCAAACGCUACCGCUACUUGAAGCCUUGUGGGAACCCUUUGCCACGUGUGACUCAAGUGUUUAUGGCUGCCAUCAAGAAGUGGAAAGUAGCACCUGCAAAUGGAGAUGACCUUUUUGAGGUUGAUGGACCUGAAUCUGCCAUUAAAGGCAGCCGUAAGAUUCUUCAUAGCAAUGGUUGUAGGUUUUUGGACAAGGCGGCAACGAUUACAGAUGAAGACAUAAAGGGAUCAAAGGAUCCAUGGAGUCUAUGCACAGUAACACAAGUUGAAGAAGCCAAAUGCCUUAUCAGAAUGCUUCCAAUUUGGUUUUGCACCAUCAUGUACUCUGUCGUCUUUGCCCAAAUGGCAUCUCUAUUCGUUGAACAGGGCGAUGUAAUGAACUCCACCAUUGUCAGUGGAUUCCACCUCCCAGCGGCGAGUAUGUCUGCCUUUGACAUUUGCAGUGUCCUCGUCUGCACUGGCCUCUACCGCCAAAUCCUUGUUCCUCUCGCCGGUCGACUUAGUGGAAACCCUAAGGGCCUAACAGAACUUCAAAGGAUGGGGACUGGGCUCGUAAUUGCGAUGUUGGCCAUGAUAGCUGCCGCUGCGACCGAGAUUGAGAGACUGAAGCAUGUUGUUCCGGGACAAAAACAGAGUUCUCUAAGCAUAUUCUGGCAGAUUCCUCAAUACGUUCUUGUAGGUUGCUCUGAGGUUUUCAUGUAUGUCGGUCAAUUGGAGUUUUUCAAUGCACAAUCGCCCGACGGAAUCAAGAGUUUGGGCAGUUCAUUGUGUAUGGCGUCAAUUUCGCUUGGGAAUUAUGGGAGUAGCUUGCUAAUAAACAUGGUUAUGGCAAUCACGACGAAAGGAGAAAGUCCUGGAUGGAUUCCGGAUGACUUAAAUUCUGGUCAUAUGGACCGUUUUUACUUAUUGAUUGCAGCUCUUACGGCCAUUGAUUUUUUGAUCUAUGUGUAUCGGGCAAAAUGGUACAAGUGUAUUCAAAUCGAUGGCAUUGCGACACAGCCGGUGAAGCUGAUGGGCCCAGAAGGAAAGGAGGAAGAUGAAAUUUUGGGUAAAGUAUGA